AGAACAGCCCCCUGGCUGCUGCUGCUGCUGCCGCUGAGAGCGUUUUAGUUUCCUCUAAGGAAAGACUCCAUAGUUCUGGAAAGUGGGAAGGGAAAAUAGACAUCGCUCCGUGGGCUGCUUCUCUCCCCCUUCUUUCUUCCGAGAGAGCCUGCCACAGUGAUAAGAUGAGAAAGCUGGGAGCCAAGGAGCAUUUGAUUUAAAGCAAACAGUGAUAGCCCUAAGGACAGCAAGGGGCGUUGACCACUGGAAGAAUGGCUCUGCCACACUCAAAUCCUCCUACCUGUCAGUGACUGGACGGAGAUUUGCAGGACACGUCUCCAUUUGGAUGGCAAUUGAAUGUCUCCAUGAUGUUCAGCUGGCACAAGACAUUCACCGUUGGAGCUUUGUGGAGAAGAGGAGGAGAGCUGCAUAUGACUGCAUGGAAUAAACUAUGUUGCCCUUGUGACUGUCAGUGUGCUUUUGCUUUAGCAGGCAAGAAGAGCCCUCCCUCUGAGGACAAAGUCGUGCUAACUCACAUGAAGAUGCUAAGCAAUGAAGGGAGUCAGGAUCUGGAGUCUGCUGCAGCUCCAGAUUGUGCAGAAGAAUCCAGGCUUCCCCAGGUCAACAUCCAGGGAAACCUUGAUGUUACAGACACUCCAGCAAAUCCAGAUUACACAGCUACCCUGUCUGAUCUCAGCACAUUGGAGACCCAGUGCCGGCUUCACAGAUUCUCCAAAUUUGAAUCUGAGGACUCCGGGGUUGAGUUGCCAAGUGGGGCUAAUUCUCCAUCCACACCAAAGGGCUCUGAGAAGAGUUUUGUGCUUCACAGCAGAGACUCCUCUUGUGACUCUGGAGUGCUCAGUGCCUCUUCCUCUCCAGAAAUUGACCACAUUAUAAUGAGAACAUGUCAAGACCCUGAAGAAGCUAACCAGCAUGCUCCAGAGAGCAAAAAGCAAGUGGAGCACUACAGCCAGGUGAUAGACUCUAUGCAGAUUCCUGCAUCUUCCUUGGAAGAUUUCAGCAAUUGUCAGAAGGGAGAAAGUCCUGAUCAACUUUUUGGCCAAAGCAAAGGGCAGUCUUUAGAAGAGGAACCCAGCAACGAGACAGACCUCCCCAUUCAUGACACUCCUCCAACUGUGCCUCCCAUGGAAGAGCAAAAGACCACCACUAGCCAUUACAAAGAGACCUUUGGCAGCAUGCAGGAUCUUCAAAUUCAUGGAAAUCAACUUAAGAAAUAUCCCACGAGUGACAGUCUGGAUGAGUACAUGGAUGAGUGCUGUCGAUUAAGUGAGGUGAAUCAAGGGAACACCAAGGUGCUUGGCUCUGGCCUGGGGUAUCUGGAACACAUCUGUCAGCUCAUCGAGAAAAUUGGACAACUACAGGAGCACAACCUCCGGCUCCAAAAACAAGUGUGCAGCUUGCAGAAAGAGCAGAAGAUGCACCAGAUAAAGGAGGAGUAUUUUCUGCAGCACUGCUCCUGUGGAGCUGCCAGCAUCUUGCUCAAUUCGUACCAGGAGGUGAAGAAACUUUUUACUGGGAGGAGCAGACCACAUAGUCUCUUGGUUCAGAAUGGAAACCACUCCGAUCUUUCAAUCAUUCCAGAAAUAGCAGUCCACAGUGAAAAGCUGAGCAACUACAGAGGAAGUGACAGACACCUGGAAUCUGGAAACAGUCAGCUGGUGACUGGGCUCAGGAAAUCAUCAAGUAAACGGAGUAGAGAGGAGAAUGAGUUCAGAGAUUCUUAUAAUGUAACUGAUGUACAAGCAUUAAAAGACCAAGCUAUGAAAAAGGGUUCUGAUGUCAGCAAGGCCAUCUCAGGUGAAGGCCAUGCUUGGGGCAGAGUGAGGGAUCUCAUGAAGAAGACGAGGCUGCGGAACCAGAGCAAAUUGGAGCUGUCUUCAGCUGCUCUGAAAAGGUCCUGCCCACAGCUCUACAGGCCAGAUAUUAUGUCUUCAGAUCUGAGGAAGACAGAAAGGAACUCUAUGAUAGUGCUGGGGCACAGCACAAAGAAUGAAAACAUCUGGCCUCUCUGAUAAUCUGGAUGGAAUGGAACAAGAGAAGAACAUUACUAGACCCUAAACCACAAGACCUGGGAUGCACCUAUAUUUUCCAGGCUGUGUCAUGGAAGGAAGAGGAAGAGUAGAAAGUAGGGAGGUAGAGAAAGGUUUGUUGAAGAGUGGCAUGUUUGGCUCUGUAUGGCUUUGCUCUCCAAUCUAGAGUGUGCUUAAAAACAAAGCUACAUAUCACAAGCAUAAUUACUGGUCACAGCAACAGGAAUAACAGGUAUGCUUAGCAUUUGGUGUGAAACCUCUUUUCUGGGCUAUGGACAGAUAUUUGUGUGCUGCUACUUGUUCUGUGUCCUUGUUCUCUGAAGUUUUUCUCCAGUGGAAACAGUCUUGAGCUUACAAAAAUUCCAUAGACUCUUUGCAUAUGGUAGAAGUUGCUGGUUGUGGGGUGUCAGGCUCAAGGGAGUUUUACAUUUCCAGCUGCGUACAUACCUAAACCACAUUCACAUUCUGAAACAGUCAUUGUCCAUCUGUGAUUGGCAAGGAAACGUUAAUGAAACCCAAGCAAUCACUGAGUCUCUGAAAGCUAAGAUUUUCUAAAACUAUAUUCAAAUCAAUGAUUAAGACCCAAUCCAGUACAUGCAACCCACUUUAUCUCAGUGAAGCCCCAGUAAAUUCAGCAGAUCUCCAGGUAGACAGGCGAUUACACCAAUACUGAGGUCACUGAGGCCCAAAAGACACUUAAAUAAGCAGCCUUAUCUUCAAGUUUUGAGGGAACACUCACAAUGAUCCUUGAUUACUUAGGCACCCAUGGUUUUGAAAAGCCAGGUGACCUGUUUUCUCUUGGGAGCCAAACUCAGGUCCUCAUUUAAAACAAAAAAGUUCUGGGCAGUCUGAGUCAAAGAUUUUGGCUUUAUGGGACUACUUGCUUGUUCAAGUGCCAGGUGCCAAAGGUUUUGGGACAGGCUCACACACUGGACAGAUUAGCUAAACCCCACGCCCUCUUGGAUUGAGCACAGGUUUAGAGCUCUUCCCAAAAGAACUGGGAAGCCAGGAGUGGAAAAGAAAGUCAAUAAGAUAGACAUGUCUUUUACAAGUCACUUCUGUUUCCUUCUAGGGGCUAUACUCCUUCCACUCUGUUCAUUACCUUAGAGUUCUUAGACCAUACACAGCUGGACUGUUGCCAAUCAUCCAAUGUCCACCAUUGAACAGUCUUAAGAGACAGUCAGACCAUAGUGAGAAGGGUCCCAGGGAAGCCAUGGCUACAGUAGCAUUCCAGCAAACAUACAACUUUUGGUGCAAGGGGUCAUGCAUGUGGGGUAGAAGUUUAGAAAACUAGUUUCUGUUUAUUGCACGUUGCAACAUUAGAAUCAUGUUGCAGAGCUACUUAUCAAGCAAGCCUCAAAGUUAAAGGAUCUCAGAUAGGAAUUUAAAGAUCUGACCUGCUCUAGAACUCCGAGAGGUUGAUAAACCAACAGAGCCGAGCAAAUUUCAGAAGAUUCAGAAUUAGAAUAAGUAUCCAAAAGCUUAACUGAUUUGCCUUUACUUAUCUAGAACUUCUAGAUCCAUAGAACUAGGAAGUCUCUAAAUGACAGAAUCUCUUGUGUGACUUCAUGUAAUUCUGCCUAUUUGCACAGCUGAAAAUGGAAACAAGGAGAGCUAGCCAAACUCCAGCUCAGAUAAGGUUCAGAUUUAGAGCAUGUGAACGAGUUGUUGGGGAGGUAGAGAAAACAAGCUAUUAAAUCCAGGUGGUUUGUCUGGGUUUAGAAGCCAAAGAUACAGAUCUGGAUCCAAAUUUACUUGCAGCUGGGGGGGAGGGGAGGCAGUGAUUUCAGUCCACCUUUCAUUCAGAACAUGCAAAAACAUGCUGGAAGACAUUUGGCUUGAAUUGUGUUCAUGCAUGACAUAAUCCAAGGAGGAACCGCCAUUUAAAAAAAAUCAAAGUCUGUUUAGACACAUAGACCAAAACAUGUAAAAGAUUCCAAAAAUGACCUUUAAUUUGUGUGGCCAACUAAAGACAGCCUGGGCCUGAUUUUCAAGUUAAAAUGUCCAAAAGCUAGUUUUACAGAAGUGUUUAUGCUUAGAACUUACUUAAAAAUCAGGUCUUUGGUGUUCCAAUCUGACCACCCCCAAAACAGCAGUUACAACAUAUUUCAGUUGUGCUGUCUCUGUCACCAGUCUAGGUUUCUGUUCCUCACUGUAUAUCUUUCCAGCUUCACCCAAAAGCUGCAGAGAUUUAAAGCAUGAUUAUUCUGUGAAUAGUCGGUAUUUCUUCAUAAGCACGUAAGCCAAAACUUGCAUUGAGAUACAUCCUGCAUGAUCCUGCUGACUUCAUGGGAUGUGAAUCAGUGCUGGAUAAGGCCCGAAGUGCUCUAGAUGGGAGUCAAAAUCCCAGUUCAUAACACUUACCUUCACAUUUAUGUAAUUUGUUUUAUAAAGCAAAUUAUUCCUUUUUUGUAUUAUGACAUUAUAUUAAAUGUACUCAUAUUUUAGAAAUCUAUUUAUAACAUGCACCAUACUGUAUAUUUGCCCACAUGUGGAUUUAUUGUAUUACAUGUGUAACAAGCUUAAUAAAAGCAU